UAAGGUAAUAUCAUAAAUAUCAUUUAAAAUAUAUAUAUAGUGUUCUAAUGAAAAAGCGCUGAAGUUUUAUUACAUUUCUUUAAUUAAUAUAUAAUUUUAUUUUCGGAAAAAUGGAAAAACAAUUCAGUAUUGAGGUUGGUCCAGAAGAUGAAAGAACCCGUCGUUCUAUUCUUUCUCCUAAUGAGCUUUUGAGCACUCCUGCUGAUAAGCUCAAUACCCUAUAUGACGUACUACAAUACAGCGUCAAAACUCAUGGUACUAAAAAUGCUUUUGGCACAAGAGAAAUUGAAAAAAUAGUUGAAGAGGAAAAAGAAAUUACUAAAAUAGUAAAUGGUGUAGAAACUAAAGAAACAAAGAAAUGGAAAUAUUUUCAGCUUUCUGGUUUUAAUUGGUUAAGUUAUGAAGAAGCUGCAAAAGAAGCUGGAAAAAUCGGUUCUGGGCUAGUGAAAUUGGGCCUUCAAAAAGAUGCCAAAGUGACAAUUUUCGCUUCAACUAGCGCUAAUUGGAUGCUCGUAACACAAGGUUGUUUUACUCAGGGUUUAACUAUUGUUACUGCAUAUGAUACACUUGGUGAGGAAGGUCUUCUUCAUUCAAUGAAUGAAACAGAGGUUCAUGCCAUGUAUACCAAUGCUGAUUUGCUUCUUAUGGUAAAAAAUAUUGCUGGAAAAUGUCCUACACUUGAGCAUGUGAUAUACGAUGGUGAAGCAAAGGGAAAUAUUUUGGAAGAAUUAAAGGCUGAACAUCCUAACCUUAAACUUUAUACAUUGGACGAAUUAAAACAAUUGGGUGAAAAUAAUCCAGCUGAUUCAAAUCCUCCAUCACCAGAUGACUUGUGUUGUAUCAUGUACACAUCUGGAAGCACAGGAAACCCAAAAGGUGUUUUAUUAACUCAUUCAAAUUUAGUUGCUGCAAUUGCCGGUAUUAAUGCAAUGCUUCAACCUAUUGUUCGACCUGAUGAUGUUCUCCUCGCUUAUCUUCCUCUUGCGCACGUUCUUGAAUUUGCUGUAGAAAAUGUCUGUAUAUUCUGGGGCAUACCAAUGGGUUAUGGUACACCACGUACAUUAACUGAUUCGUCGGUACGCAAUUGUCUCGGAGAUAUACGUGAGUUGAAGCCAACUUUAAUGACAGGUGUACCAGCUGUAUGGGAAUCUAUUAGAAAAGGAGUUUUAGCAAAGGUUCACUCUGGAAGUCCAACAGUACAAAAGGUAUUUAGUGCUGCUUUCAAAGCAAAAGGUUGGCUAAUGGAUAAGGGCUUGCCAACUAAACUUUUGGAUGCUGCAGUAUUUAAUAAAAUUAAACAACAAACUGGUGGUCGAUUGAGAUAUGCUUUGUCCGGUGGUGCACCAAUUUCUAAAGAAACACAAGAAUUCUUGUCCAUUGCAUUGUGUCCGAUUUUGCAGGGUUAUGGUAUGACCGAAACUUGUGGAAUGUGUACAGUUAUGCCACCUGAACAAUUUGCAUAUGGAAGUGUAGGUUCACCAGUGCCUUGUUUGGAGAUUAAAUUAGUUGAUGUACUAGAAGCUGGUUAUACAUCUAAAAAUACUCCUAACCCUCAAGGUGAAAUUUGGAUUCGUGGGCCAGUUAUCACUAAAGGAUACUAUAAAAAUGAAAAAGUGACUAAAGAAACGUUAACUGAUGACGGCUGGCUUCAAACUGGUGAUAUUGGAGAAUGGCUUCAAAAUGGUACUCUAGCUAUUAUUGACCGUAAGAAAAAUUUGGUGAAGCUUUCUAAUGGCGAAUACAUUGCCCUUGAAAAACUUGAAUCCGUUUAUAAAUCAACACUUUACGUAUCAAACAUUUGUGUUUAUGGCGAUUCAUACCAAUCUCGUCCAGUUGCUUUGAUAUUUCCUACUGAAGCUCGUCUUCAGGAACUUGCAAAGGAAAAGAAUUUAGAAAACUUGAAUUUUGAGGAAUUGUGUACAAAUAAAGAGAUAAAAUCUGCUGUUCUUCAAGCUUGUAUCGGACAAGCCAAAAAAGCAGACUUAAAACCUGCAGAAAUACUUACUGAUAUCGCAUUAGUACCUGAUGAAUGGACUGCUCAAAAUGGUCUUUUAACCGCCGCUCAGAAAAUUAAACGCAAAGAUAUCCAACAAAAAUAUCAGAAAGAAAUAGAUCAUAUGUAUGGAAAAUCAUAAUUUAGAUAAUGGAUUUUUCUAUAACCAUGGAAUAAUUAGUAAUAACUUCAGCCAACUUAAUUAUAAAAAAAAUAUUUUCUCAUUUUUAUUAAAAAUAAAUAAAUUUUAGUAAUUUAACGUCUUGGUUAUUUUUUUUAUUUU